AUGGCUUGGCGCAACCAAGGGAUCACAGGCUCCAACAACAUCCCCCUGGGCCGCCGCCGGUUUACGGGUGAGGAGGAAGAAGAUGAAAGUCGCACCGCGACUCCUUCUUCCAUGCCCGAUGGCCCGAAACGUGGCCGCAGCCCUGUUCGAGCCGAUCCUCCCGCGGAUGGUGUUAAGAGGCGCAAGAAGCGUAACCGUUGGGGAGAUCAGCAGGAGAACAAGGCCGCCGGUCUGAUGGGUUUACCCACCAUGAUCAUGGCAAAUUUCACUAGCGAGCAGCUCGAGGCCUAUACUUUGCAUCUGCGCGUCGAGGAGAUCAGCCAGAAGCUGCGGAUCAAUGAUGUGGUUCCGGCUGAUGGUGAUCGGUCUCCUUCGCCACCGCCGCAGUAUGACAACUUUGGUAGACGUGUUAAUACCCGCGAGUACCGCUAUCGCAAGCGACUCGAGGAUGAGCGCCACAAACUGGUCGAAAAGGCCAUGAAGACCAUUCCUAACUACCACCCGCCCUCUGACUACAGACGCCCCACAAAGACCCAGGAAAAGGUCUAUGUCCCAGUGAAUGACUAUCCAGAGAUUAACUUCAGUAUGAUAACUAACCCUCUAACUCCUAACUAUCCCUCCACCAUGUCUGCCAUGACUCCUUGCUCGACUCGAGCUGACGAGACAUUUCCUUUGAUCUCCUCGGCCCGUUUCUUGCUAACCCUUGUUGGCUUACUCAUAGGACCCCGUGGAAACACUCUUAAAAAGAUGGAGACUGAAUCUGGAGCUAAGAUUGCCAUUCGAGGCAAAGGUUCCGUCAAGGAAGGAAAAGGUCGCUCUGACGCUGCCCACGCUAGCAACCAGGAAGAAGACCUUCACUGUCUUAUCAUGGCGGAUACCGAGGAAAAGGUUAAUAAAGCCAAGAAGCUGGUUCACAACGUCAUUGAGACUGCCGCCUCUAUUCCCGAGGGACAGAAUGAGCUCAAACGUAACCAGCUCAGAGAGUUGGCUGCCCUCAACGGUACUCUUCGUGAUGAUGAGAACCAGGCCUGCCAGAACUGUGGUCAAAUUGGGCACCGAAAGUAUGACUGCCCCGAGCAGCGCAACUUUACUGCAAACAUUAUCUGUCGCGUUUGUGGUAAUGCCGGUCAUAUGGCUCGCGAUUGUCCUGAUCGCCAAAGAGGCAGCGACUGGCGCAACGGCGGCUAUGGUGGCGGUGGCCGUGGUGCCCCUCGUGGUGCUAUCGGCACUGGUGAUGCUGUGGACCGUGAGAUGGAGCAACUCAUGAAUGAGCUUUCUGGUGGAGCUCCUGGAGAGAAUCCACCUCGUCGUAUUGAGGCUGGCCCCGAUCAGGGUGGUUAUCCUGAUGAUCGGGAUGCUAAGCCCUGGCAGCGUGGGCCCCCCGCUAGCGAUGUGGCUCCCUGGCAACAGAGAGCCCCGCGCGAGCACCGUCCUCGCGACGACUAUGGCUCCCGUGAUCACGGUGCCGCACCUCCUUGGGCAGCCCAGAGCCGCGGUGGUAACGACUAUGGUUACGGAUCCCAGGGUGGCCAGGGUGGCUACUCUGCUCCUGGCACCGCACCGGGUGCGGCUCCCUGGCACCAACAAGCUCCUCCCCCUGGCGGUCAGGCGCCUGGAUACAACUACGGAGGCUAUGGGGGUUACUCAUAUCCUCCCGGUAUGGCUGCUCCGCCGCCACCUCCUGGGAUGGCUCCGAUGGGUGGAUAUGGUGGUGCUAACGACCCUCCUCCUCCGCCUCCUGUCGAUGGACCUCCCCCUCCUCCCCCCAGCGAUCAGCCUCCUCCCCCUCCCCCUCCUGCGUGA